CUAAUAGAGCUUCCGAACGUGCCAUCACUGUACGGUAGAACGUCCACGAACACAAUGGUCCUCGAUAGAAUAACUAUCCCCUCCAGGCUUAGACCGGACGAGCGCAAGAUUCCAUUUCACACGUAGACUGUGUUAAACAGUCCGUAUUAUGAUAUAGGAGUUGAUGCGCACUCACUUGAUUAUACCGUUGCUUGCCGUGACAGACACAUUUUGUAUGAGGUCUAUAAUACACAUCUAAUGCCGUCGAAGACGUUCCAAGUUCGGAAUGGAGGUUGCUGCAACCACCACUCCAAGCAGAAGCCGUCAUGGCUGGCGAGGAUCCUUCAGUGGUGCUGUCUGAGGUCGAACUAUUCGCUGAGACGGCAAGUGAUUGCGGGGUAUGGAAUGACCGCCUUUUUCACCAUCUUUCUUGUAAUCCUGAUGGCAACGACUGCUGCACUAUGGGCCGGUUCGGGGGUCAAAAGAGAAUCGACCGAGCUCUUUCAAACGCAGCUCGAUGCCAUCCUCCAGGAAUCGGGCAUUCUGACGGGGGAUAUCCUGGACAAAAAAAUGAAUAGCUUGAGGGGCUCUGCUUCGCUGCUGGCGGAAAUCGUGCGCGACCGAAUAGUUGGGUAUCCUUACGAUGGCUGGGAAAAUGACACACAUAUUCCGUUCCCGGAUCGCGAUACUGGGUUCAACAUCUACCCCCUGCAUGCCGAGCUCCUACCGCGGGAUUGGAUGGUCCAGACAAACCUGGAAUGGGGGGACUUCGACGGCCUUCGAGAACACAUCCAAGAACGAGCCGACUAUGGAGAACUUUUCUUCGAAAACUUUGCGAAAGACUGGAAUACCGAGAGCGCUAUGUUUACGUACCAGGGCAAUUGCGAUCCCAACCAAAACGACCCCGACCAGAUCGGAUACUAUCCUUUUUGCAGCGACGAGUUCAACGACGCCAGCCUGGGCGGAAAGAUAAAUCCUACCUCUACGCUGGCACCUCUGGAACAAAAGGCCGCCGAUCUUGGAGUCUUUCUCAAGGCAAUAUUCGAGGCCGAGGCAGCGGCACUGACCGUUGCCGUCAUCUUUUCCAAUUCUGGAGCCGGAGCUAGCGUUAUUUAUCCAGCGCAGCCGUUCUCCUUCCGUUCCGCAUACGAAUCGGCCGGUUGCGAAUGGAUGCGGGCUACGAAUCCCCUGACUGGGAGGCCGUAUGGAUCCAAAGCUGAGAUUAACCGAUGUACUCCAGAAGGAACACGCGCCUCGGCCCGGGAAUACAACGGACUGGAACGGGCAUGGUGUUCCGAUCAGGCCCUACAUCCCGGAGAAACCCGAAUCUACGGUCCCUAUUCAGAUGCCACUAGAGACUCUUGGAGGCUAACGAUUGGAAAGGCUGUUUUUGAUCGCUUGACAAGAGAAUUCAUCGGUUGUAUCGCCCUCGAUCUGAGUUUGAUCCAGGCAGAAGAAUUGCUGGAGGAGGUAAACGAGGGUGUUCCAUCUGAUAUGGUCUUGACAAAACCCGAUGGCACCGUGGUGGUUGGAAUUCUGGGCUCUGCGAAUGAAACGGAAAGUACUUUAACGCCUAAGUUAUGGGAGACAAGUUUCAUCGAUGAGGAGACCUACCGCGAACUUACGGACGAUCUGGCCUUUUGGGAAGAAGAAAUCUGGGACAUUGAGACCGCUAUUAGCACCUACGAUUUCAGUGUCAAGAGCAACGGGAAAUACUACACCGUAUUUCCCUCACCCAUCCCUCCGGAUGAGUACGAUCCAAAUUAUAAACCGGACUUUCUUAUUUUUGGAUCGAUCAACGCCGAUGUCCAAGACGAGACAAUAGACGAGAUUGCCGAAUUAAUAGAUAGAGACGUUACCGAAUUCAUCAUCGUUUCGGUAGCGCUCGGUGCGGUCGGCUUGGGGUGCAUGCUGUCCGUGGUAGCCAUUGUUGCCCAUUUUUUGACGCAGCCCCUCAAAUGGAUCGAAAGCAAGUCGUGGGAAAUAGUAAAUCACAGCGACACACGUGUGUCUGACAGUUUCAGACUGUCUCUUGAAGACGACGAGGACAAAUCGUAUGAUUUCUUUUCAUUCAUUCCGAAGACCGAGGUCCAGGAGCUGGUAUCAGAAUUUAGGAAUAUGAUCUCGGGCUUCAGUGGGGAAGAUGCCUCUCGUGUAUCUGUCCCGAGACACACAGAAACUAAAAACAUUGUGACCUGGAAGGACGAAUUUUUACAGUUCUACACGUUAAGUCCGACACUUAAACACAAGCUGAAAGAGGAAUCGAUUAGGCAUCGUUCCGUGACCCGUCGAAUGUCCAGUUCGGCUAAAUCGUCUAUCUCACAGUUGGAUACGGCAGAUUUUUCAAAAUUUGACGAUAGCGACAUUCACGAGGAGAAGCACAAUCUAAGUUUUCGAUCAAUCGAAUGGGAACAAAAACCCACUGUUGUCAGAGAAAAUUCUAUGAUAAGCAUCACAUCGACCCAAAAAAUGUCUUGGCUGGAUACAGAUCGCUCCGAGAUAACAUCUACACAAAUUAAUCUUGGAUCCAAUAUUCAUCAUUCAGCCGAUAGGGAAAACGUGUCAGUUUCGGAUGACAUUAAACUGUUGAAAUCGCCACUCUUCUGGAAUUUGUUUUUCUGGAUUGUUCUGCCUUUGCUUGUAUCCAUCGUUGCGAUAAUGAUAAUUGCUGGUGUCCAAAUAUUGACAACAUUCCCUCAAUGGAUCAAGGAGGCCAACAGUACAUCGUUCGAUCUCGAAAAGGAAAAUCUUCAAUCUUCUGCAACCUUGAUUGUGAAGCAUAUCGAACACGUCUUUGAUGAACCUCUGCUUGACUUGCAUAUGAUUAGCCGACUGUCGGGCUGGCUCUUGUUUGGUGCUGUCAAUCGGUCCGGGAGCUUCACAGAUAUAGAAAUGGAGUUUGUAGAGGAAUGUAAGUAUUACGAGAAUAUCCAGGAAUGCCCAUUCGAAAUGAACAAUACAAGGUCUCCUUGUUUCUGCGAAUGGAAUGAUCCAUGGGGUCGACUUUGUGAUAUUGAGGAUGGCAAUAAUUUGACAUCAACCUCAGACCCAAGAUACGUACAAAGAAUGUGGUACAUGAAUCAAAUUCAUGCGGGAAAUGAAAGCUUUCCUGUGGUUGACUAUAGCCCAGAAUCUACGUCAUGGUAUACGAAUUCAAAUCGAAUGCAAGGUUCGGAUAAAGGUAGCAACGCCGAAGGCUAUUCAACUGCGUACGACCGACUUAGAGUAUCAUCGGCACUAUCGGCAAUUAUUAUUCCAAUUUACAACUAUGGGUCCAGUGUACGUGGUGAGGGAUCAACAAACACUGCCAUGUCGGGGUACAUUUCCUUCGAGGCAGAGGGGGAGUACUAUGGAUACGAUGGAUGCAAUUAUGAUGUGGCGGGCUACUCGCAAUUUCAAUCUUCUGAGGAGAACAGCGCCUAUCUUGUGAGACCAGAUCUCUGCCCUCUAGGGAAAUUCGGAUACGAUCCAAGGUGUCGCAGUUGGUAUGCAGAAGCAAAGGAACGAGCGCUCGAUCACAAUGCUAGUGUUUACAUCACUCCACCAUACCAGUUUGCAAAUACGGAUGAAAUCGGGAACACUGCAGUUUCAAGUUUGAUCGAUCCCAAAUCUGGCGAAUUUGUUGGUAACAAUCUCAUUGACUUUUCAACAACAGAUAUCGCCAAAAUUGCAAGUAAGAUUAGCGCUAAAUAUUACGCGGUGGUAAUACCGAAUGCUAAAGAUGGCCAGAAUCUUGUUGCAUCGUCCCACUUUAGCAGCAAAACAACUCCUAAACCGAUCACCGACGUUAUCAUGCAAUUCGAUCCUGCCAACUCUUCAUUUGUACGUGAUUUCAAUAAGGUGAUGCUUGAUAUGGGAAGCGAAGGGAAGGAAGCAACUUGCGACUUGUAUCGCACCAACAGGCGCGGGGAAGUGGAACAAUUUUGUUGCGUACACGAACCGGUCUAUUACAGAGAAGUGAGGCCGGUUCAAUCGGAUGAUUUUGGACGGGGAACUGAGGUUUCCACCAAGUUUCUGUAUUCCGUUGUUUUAUUUGAACCAACGAAAGACCUUUCAACUGAAUACACGACGAGAAGCCAUGUCAUCACUCGGGCUCUACAGAAUACUGCCAUUUUGUACAUUUUGAUGACUGCUCUGAUAACUUUCAUUUGUAUCAUCGUAACUGCGAUGGUGAGUUCGAUAGACAAAGCUAAUCUCGCCAAGCUUUUACUUCUCGGAGUUGCUCACACUACUUUUGCUUUUCAUGAUGUAGAUUUCGUCGUCGAUCACAAGACCAAUGAUCCAGUUGUUGCAAACUGUCAAGCAGGUGAACGCAGGUAGAAUCGAGGACGAUAUGCCACCGUUGACAGGAGGAUCUAGGGAAGUCCAUCGGGUGCAUACAUCCUUUGCAAAAUUAUACAAGGUUGUACGCCUGUCCAAUUCUGCCUUUUUUCUCGGUGAUCUGAAGCUGGCUCACCACACUGCCCAGGAUGCCCUCCAACUCUUUCAAAAGAUUGGAGAUUCAAAAGCCAUUGCCAUUGCCAACAACAACAUGGGAAAUCUCCUGCUUGCCUGGAUGGUCGAAUGCCGCCACCAUGGAUCCUGCUUGACCGUCGACGACGAUGAAAAUGGAUCCUUCUGCUGCAUGGUUGCUGCCAUCAAGCAUUACGACAAGGCAGUUCAAUCCGGGAAGAAAGACUUUGACAAUGCCUCGGGAGAUGCCGAGAAAUGCCAAUAUGCACAGCAGCUCGCCGACCGACACUUCAAUCGAGCAAUGUGUCUCUUGUACACGGCCGACGAUCCCUGUGCCUCAUCGAAUGCGAAAGAAACCGCCCUCGACGAUCUCUUUUUGACCCGGCAAUACGACCAGGGAGUGAAAGAGUACAUGCUGCAUUCCAAGACGUUGUUCAAGCAUUCCGACGUGAUAUUCGAGCGAUACCUGCGGCGACUGAACGGGUUGGCGGUCCUGAUCGACAUCGAUCCGGAUGUUUGGAACGUGUGGGAUAUUUACGACCUGGCGGAUCAAGCAGAUCUUAUGCUCCAGGCAGCCUGGAACAAAGACGACGCACCGAUCUUUCACAACGUGAAACAAGUCGGGCGACUGCAGGAACUAGAGUCCGCCGUGACAGGCGUCGAACUGAGUGCCGGCAAGGGCAACGAUGCGCUUCUCUUGGCAACCCGGAUGCUGGUGGAGGACGAAUUCAUCCUCGACUCGGCCUUUAUCGAAACCGCCGACUGCCUGCUCCAAUACCUUCGAAAUUCGGACACCGGACGCACAGACGAGGACGACGACCACGGCAGCGACGAUUCCAACGACAGCUUCGACGCGGGCGCCGCCCCGCCCCGUGAUGCCCCCCGCAAGGGCUGGUCCGAGACGUCUACCGCCAUGCUCCGACAGGAACUGAAACGGAUGCGCAAGCCGGGGAUGCAGAGGGCCCUGGACACCAUCGGAAGGACCUUCGUCCUCUGCAUCGAGCUGCAGGGCCACUGGAACGGGAGGCGGUCGUUCCUGGCCGACCUCCGAAACGCGUGCACCUCCUUUUACGAGGAAAACUGCCGGUCCGACGAUUCCAUGGGAAUGGUCACCUUUGCGCCGUCCAGCGGGGACCUGAGGCGCCUCUCGCCGUCCCGUCGGUCCCAAAACGAGGACUCCCAGCGCGCGGAAAUCGAGGCCGCCACGACCGGGGUGGCGUGCUCCCGCUUCGUCCCGGCCCUCGAGGGGGCCAUCGAGAUGGCCCUGUCGGCCGAGGCCUCGACCUCCUGCGACGUGUGCCUGCUCUACGUGAGCGACGGGGGGGCCUACGAAAGGGGCGCGUACGCCCGCCUCCGCAAGACGCUCGAGCAGCGCCGGGGGAAGGGGGGCCGGAGGGGCAGGCACCCGCCCAUUUCCCCGUGCAUCGACCUGGUGGUCCUCGGCCUAGGCGCCGAUCCGUCCUCGGGCUUUGCCGAGAACUGCAAGGGCCUCGCGCUCGCCACGCACAGCCGGACCUCUUUUUACCUGGACGUGGACGUCGACGUCCGCGAGGGUGCGAGCCAAGCCCCUUCGGAUUCCGAGGCCCUGGCCGAGGCCUUUCGGGAGGCGGGGGCCGCGAUCCACGCGGGGACCUCGUUUGCCGGGAUCCGGCUGCAGCGGGCCCUGACGAUGCAGAAAUUCUAGGCCGCCGCCGGUGAUCCACGGGAUGGGACGGAGCGGCACGCAACGCAACGAGCAUUUCGACCACCAUGCUUGCGAAAAUUAAUUUAGAUAGACUUGCAAACCGUUGACGGAUUGCAACGGUUGACAAUGCUUUUGGAGAUUUUGAUGUUUAUGGAUACCGUAGCGACGCAUUAUAGCCAUCGAGGUGUAGUGCAACGCAAUAAUGUUGGAGUAGUACUGUAGCCGAAGCCUGCGGGUCUUGCAGCGGGACGACGAACGAACCCUUCCGGCACUCCCGAGC